UUCCCCAGGGAAAGACAGUGUGAGGGACGAAUAUAAUAAGUUUAAAAACAUGUAACACAUGACUGAAGAAGGUGGGGUCCAUGGUAGUCAAAGAGUCAAGUAGAGUUGUCACUUUUGUGUGGUUGGUGAUGACAUGUUCGUCCAGGGUUGAUCUCGAAGUUGUGCAUGCACACUUCUGUAUUUUCAGGUUUUCUACUGUACCUCACUCCUCUCCCCUCCCAACCCCCUCCUCUCUCUUUCCAAACAUUCCCCCGAGCGAGGUGUCGUGGUUUCAUGUGUUGUGAUAUCGAGGUGUCCUGAUCUUAGUAACAGUGUAUAUACUACGUUCAUUAUGUUGUCA